CCUAUAUAUGCAGAGGGAACCCACCCUCUUCCUUCCCAUCUCCGAUCCGGCUCUCAGCAGCAGCCAGCAGCUCAUCUCCAUCAUCGUUCCAUCAAGCAGCAGCAGCCAGCAGCAGCUAGAGAGAGCAACCAACGACAAUCCAUGUCGUCAUCCGGCGGCGCGGGCGCGGCGGAGCUGGAGCUGCCGGGGUUCCGUUUCCACCCGACGGAGGAGGAGCUGCUGGAGUUCUACCUGAAGCAGGUGGCGUACGGGCGGAAGCUCAAGUUCGACAUCAUCCCCACGGUGCACCUGUACCGGCACGACCCCUGGGAGCUCCCGGGCCUGACGCGCAUCGGCGAGCGCGAGUGGUACUUCUUCGUGCCCCGCGACGGCGGCGGCGGCAGCCGGGCGGCCAAGCAGCACCAGUCCGGCUCCGGCGGCGGGGGCCGGCCCAGCCGCACGACGGAGCGCGGGUUCUGGAAGGCCACGGGGUCCGACCGCGCCGUCCGGUGCGCCGCCGACCCCAAGCGCCUCAUCGGGCUCAAGAAGACGCUCGUCUACUACGAGGGCCGCGCGCCGCGUGGCACCAAGACCGAUUGGGUCAUGAACGAGUAUCGCCUCCCCGACGCCACCUGCUGCAAUGCCGCCGGUGGUGACUCAUCGGCGGCCUCCUCCACCAACAAAUCGCCCAAGGAGGACAUCGUGCUGUGCAAGAUCUACCGGAAGGCUGUGUCGCUCAAGGAGCUGGAGCAGCGGGUGGCCAUGGAGGAGCUGGCGCGCGCCACCGCCACGCCGUCCGCGUCCCACAGCACCGGCUCCCCCGCCGACUCCAUGUCGUCGUCGGACCACGAGACGGCGGCGGCGGCGGUGGACCACCAUUCCCAGAAGCAGCAGGGAGUGGAGACCAUGACGAUGAUGCCCGUGGGCAUCUUACCACCACCUGUGAUGAGCAUGAAGAAAGAGGAGGUGGCGGAGCCGCUGCUGCCGGCGGCGGCGCUAAUGAAGCCGGCGACGCUGAGCCUGCCGCAGCUGGAGGUGGCGAAGCAGCAGGAGUGGAUGCAGGACCCAUUUCUGACCCAGCUGCGGAGCCCAUGGAUGGAGAGCUGGUCACCCUACUACGCCAGCGUCCUCAACUUUUAACCAAUCCAUAUAUAUAUCUCAAGAAAUCCUCCAUCAAAUAGCUAUAUAUAGUCAUUGUUGCUACACAGAGACCUAGUUAUAUAAUAUAGCAUAUAUAGUUUUAAUUUACAGCA